UCCAGUUUCAUUUCUGGUUUGAUAACGAUAGGAUAACAUGGACUCGAAACUUUUCAUAUUUUUGGGGCUGCUUCUCCUUCAGGGAGUCGCCUCUCAAGAUGAAUACGAGUACGAAGAAGGUCCCGAUGACGAGGACGAGUCCGCAGCGGAAGUCAAUGUUCCCGUCACGACGCUAAAACCAAAGAAAAAAAUCGACCACCUGAAAAACAUGACGUUUUCGCAAGAAUUCCAAAAUCUGGCGUCGGAAGUGGACGAAGCUGCCAAAAACCCUAACAAAACUGUUAGCGUUGUCACCACUUCGAAAAACGGUACGACCAAGGUGACCUUUACGACGCGGCGACCCCGUCCACGUCCCACCACCGAAUUAAAUCGUGGCCAAGAGAUUGGCUCCUCGGUAAACGGGAUUCUCUCCUCCGUGACAAAUCUCGACAUUCCGGGCAUCGUGGAUAACGCUCUCAGCAUUCGGAACAAUGAACCCGUCAGAGAAUUCGUGACGGGACUUAUGACGGCUAUAUUUUGCUCCCCGUUUUUAAAUAAUUUCUCCACGUGUGGCGGAAGAUUGGGCACGAAUAACAAUAGUAAUCGAAGACGCACCAAACCAAAACCUGCCCCUGUUCAAGAAACGCCGGCAGAAGUGGUACCAGCACCCGCCGUGGCUUCAGCGGCUCGAUAAGCGUCAAAUUAUUUAUUUACAAUUUGGCCUAAAAAUAUCUAUUUAACAAAAUUAUAACAAAGGAACAACUGACCUUAAUUGUGUAAUUAACUGAUUGCACGAUGCAUUAAAACGUAUAAAGACUUCCAACUUUGUCAAAUAAAAAAAAUUCUUAUAAUCUUUAGA